ACAAGCGAUAGUGAAGGAUCAGUUGUGGUCCGGUGAGGGAGAGCGAAAGAACUACAUUUCCGACAAUGCACUGCAACCAGACUGGUCUCGCUUGCGCAGCAUUUCGUUUGAAGUUCUACCGGCCUGCAGGGAGCGUUGUAUUUUGGGGCUUAGCGUUUGAGCUGCGAGUGUGGACAGGGCAAGGUUUGUGAGCGCCCCUUUUGUCACCGCUGACUAUGAUAGUGUUUGUCAGGUUCAACUCCAGCCAUGGUUUCCCAGUGGAGGUUGAUUCAGACACCAGCAUCUUCCAGCUCAAGGAGGCGGUUGCUAAGCGACAGGGAGUUCCAGCUGACCAGUUGCGUGUGAUUUUUGCAGGGAAGGAGCUCAGGAAUGACUUGACACUGCAGAGUUGUGACCUACCCCAGCAGAGUAUUGUUCAUGUUGUCCAGAAUCCACAGAAGACAGAUCAAGAUCAAGCUGCAAAUAUCUGUAGCACUGUGACCAGUGAUGGGAGAGAAGGUGAAAGCCUCACCCGCAUUGAUCUCAGUACCAACCUGUUGCCAUCUAAUUCUGUUGGGCUUGCUGUGGUCUUGGACUCAGAGAAAGACAGCAUUACCCCUCCAUCUGACAAUUCAGGUGGAGCUAGGUACAACAGCUUUUAUGUGUUCUGCAAAAGUUUCUGCCACGAUGUAAAACCUGGAAAACUUCGAGUUCGUUGCAAAACAUGCAAGCAAGGGACACUGACUCUGGGAAGGGGUCCAUCCUGCUGGGAAGAUGUUCUGAUUCCGAACAGAAUUACUGGUACUUGCCAGUCCCAAAAUUGCAGUGGAGAAGAAGCGGAAUUCUACUUUAAAUGUGGAGCGCACCCAACCUCUGACAGUGAGACAUCUGUGCCACUGAGCCUCAUUACAACAAAUAGUCGGUGCAUCUCAUGUAUAACCUGUGCAGAUGUUCGGAGUCCUGUGUUGGUAUUCCAGUGCAUUCAUCACCAUGUCAUUUGCCUGGACUGUUUUCAUUUAUACUGUGUGACUAUGCUGAACAAUCGCCAGUUUGUCCAUGACCCCGUCCUUGGCUACUCCCUCCCAUGUGUGGCCGGCUGUCCAGACUCCUUGAUUAAAGAGCAGCAUCACUUCAGAAUUCUGGGCGAAGAGCAGUACAACCGUUACCAGCGCUAUGGAGCAGAAGAGUAUGUUUUGCAGAGGGGGGGAGUCCUGUGCCCCACCCCAGGAUGCGGAGCAGGCCUGCUUCCUGAGCCAGGAGUGAGAAGGAUAGUGUGUGAACCAAGCAGUGGAAUGGGCUGUGGGUUUGUCUUCUGCCGUGAAUGUAAAGAAGAAUACCAUGAAGGGGAAUGUCACACUCCCUUGGAAGCUCAGGGAGCCACUUCUCAGAAGGAAUAUGAAGUUGACGAGCACGCAGCUCUACGGGCUCGAUGGGAAGAGGCAUCUAAAGAAACAAUCCAAAGGACAACCAAACCAUGCCCUAGCUGCCAUGUUCCCAUAGAAAAAGAUGGUGGAUGCAUGCAUAUGAAGUGUCCUCGACCUCAGUGCAGGUUUGAAUGGUGUUGGAACUGUGGCCUGGAGUGGAACAGAACGUGCAUGGGAGAUCACUGGUUUGACUGAUCCCCGAGCAGCACCAUGAAUGGCCAACAGCUCAUGAAACAAUCUGCUGGUACUACAGAGUGCAGAAUAACAAAUACGUCUGGUUCCAAUAGGUCACAUCCUGGCCUUCUUGCUCAGAUUACAAAUUCCUCAGUCCUGCAAUAGUUUCAGGUGGAAACUGCUUGUUGCUUUUUCACCCGCAAAUCAGAUCCAACUCUUAUUGUACGUUCAGAUGGUCUUUAUGCUUCCUGACUGCAUAAUGACGCAGCCCCAAAAAAUCAGAGUAGUCAAGCUGUCACACAGCACCCCUCCCUCCAACAUCACACCUUAGCAUUAUUUGUCCUUUGAGGAGAUGAGCAAUGUUACCAUUGCCCACCCUUCUCUUAAAAUAGUUUGCUCAUUGACCUGGACCUUUGAAAGCUGUUUUGAUUGCUAUUUGAUUGCUUGAUGCUUUUGUUUUCAGCUGGGCUUAGCACUGCACAACUGCCUUUCUGAAAAAGUGGGCUUUUCGUGCUUUUAUAGAAGCUUACCCUCUUCCCAAAGAGAUUUGCACUUGUACAGUUCACUGACACAACAAACUGUAGGUGUUUCAAUUUUUUGUGCCUGUUCAGCACAAUGGAUCACCGUAUGUGCAUUUUCAGCAUUUGCUGUGAGAGGUCAGCCAGUAUCUUCAUCAUGCUUCCAUGCAGUAUGUUUUCAUGUCAGUGGUGCUUAAAAGUGCAUGGCAAUUUCCACUCUGCUUUAUGAAGGUGAAAAUUCUUAAAGGAGUUGUAUCUGGAAAUGUACACUUUGCUAAGUCUUUGGGGACUUAGCGUUAUGUUAUGAAAACACUGCUGUAAACAUUUGAUGUACCAACUGUGCAGAUUUAAGAUGUUCUUGAACACACGUGGCUACUAACAAGUAUAAUCAAAUCAGUUCCCACAUUUUAAAAUAUAGAACUGCUUUUAAGAUGUUAAGGCAAACAUUUGGAAAGGGCAAUGGCAGACACACAUGUGCAUGCACACAGAAUGCCUUGCUUCAACACAUGAGGUAGACAGGUGGUUUUGUCAAUUGCCCGUACCAUAACUUAGUGCUGGGAUCUUUUCACCAGUGGGCCGUCACAGUGAUACUGUAUGUGAAGUUACACCAGAAAUGUGUAGUAUAAGUGCCCAGAGCAACUGAGUUGCUUUAAUGUAGUGAAAGAGCAGUAUCCUGGAUUACCAAAGUCGGUCUGUAUUUAAGUUCAGAUAGGUUAAUAUAGGCAGAUUUUGAUAUCAGCUGAACAAUACCCACCACGUUAAGGAUUGAUGAUGUACAAACAGUUUUACAUUGGAACAAAAGGUGAAGCAGGCUAGAGUAAUUAAAAGUGGGUGGGCAAUGUGGCCCAGCAGAUUGGCCUGCAACUCCAACCAGCCCCAGCCAACAUAGCAAAUGAUGAAGAAUUACAGGAGCUGUGGGCCAAAACAUCUGGAAGGCCACUAGUUGCUCCCACCACAGGCCACCAGCAGCAGCUGAAUUCUAAACUAUUCACCUGCUUCUUCUCUCCAACAGUGCCCCUCAAAGCUGUGUGCUUUUUAUUGGUCUUAUAUCCAAUCCUGAAGCCAGGGUAAGAGGAAGAGAAACCGGAGAGAUGCAAUGGGCAAAGGAAGUGAUCAUCUCAUUCUUUCACAUACUGCUUCCAAGCUUGAACCUCCCUUUUUCUUGUACUCAAACAUUUUACAACUCUUUGGCAUGACUGUUUGAGGCUUAUCACCUUCAUAUCUAGCACAGCUUAUCUGCUUUCAAGUAGGUAAGAAGUAAGAGAUGAAUCAAAUGCUGUGCAUUUCCUGUUGUAAACCGCCUCACCCAUGCCAUCAAUUCUAGGAAUGAUUGCUCCUUUCAGCCACCCAGUUUCUUGUAGGUGAAAGGAGGAUACUAGAAAGGGGGGUAAGUGGGAUUAAUAAGUGAGUGAACAUGGAAGAUACAGAGAUGAACCACCAAAGAAUGAAACAGUGUGUCGUAAGAGAGAAAGGAAGGCCCAGAAUGUUGAAACGAAGGAGGUUCAUGCUUUGGAGAUUCAUGGUACCAGAAUCCACCAAGCAUUCUGUUCUUGCACACCUCCCAUGCAUUUGAAGGGAGAUCACACAAGAGAACUUCACACCAGAUUGUGUGCUGUUUAAUUAAACACCUUAUUAAUGUGCAAGUUUAAUGUUGGAAAUGGCCCUACUGUAUGGAGUAUGGCACUGGAAAAUCAUAGCUCCAUUACAAUCCACUGUAAUUUUCAUAGUCUUUAUUUCAUACAUUAGGACAUAAUCCAUGAUUCAGAUGAUGCUUACUGGUCUACAAUCUGACUUGACAAUUCAUACUUUUGUAAUUUGAUUUCCCACUUUUCUUCAUUUCCUUAUUUGAUCCCCCUUUUUCUAAAUUACCCUGUGAAAAAUUCUGUUAGGUUCAGAGAAGCAGCAACCCUUUUUCUAGCUUAGCUCUAUAUCUCCAUGGCAAAAACUGAUAUGAACUGACAUAGCUCUCUGACUCAUGGUACAGGGUAAAAACAGGAAACCAUGCUUGUGUUCAAAGUUUGAUGUUUUGGGUUGGGUUGUUAACAGGUGACUCAUUUUAUUUUGAAAACUAUGUAACCAGCAAUUCCCCAGCCUCUUCAGCAGAUAAGAAAAAGGUUUUCCUAGAACCAUGCAUAACAAAAUGAGUUUAAUUUUCAAUAACUUGUGACCUUAUUCUAAUCCCACUUCUUCACCUUAUAAAAAUUAGUUGUGCUCAUUUACUAGGAGUAUUUCCAGCAUAAAGAAUUACUUUACUUUUUUAAAAUUGAAAAGAAUUACUUUGUAAAAAAAUAUUAUUCACCAUGCACAGAAAAAUGCUGAAUGUGGAAAUAAUUUUCAGCUGGGCAAGGGUUUCACUGUCAUAUUAGCAGCAGUCCAUAAAGUAAUGGGUUGAAUACAGGCUGGUUAGACUUAUUUGCUAUUGAAAUAAGCAAAGAGGCUAGUCAUCACUUAGAUCCAGCUUAGGAGCUAAGUGCAUCCAGUGUAAUAUGGACUCAAUGUGUUGACCUGGUGACUAGUAGAAGAUGAAAACCACUGUUACAAGAAACUGACUUAUUAGAAUAUUGAAAUUAUAACUGCCAAAAAGUAAAGAAUGGGAAAAUUCUGCACCAAUCAUUCCAGAGGUUGCUAUAUCAGCAAGUGCUCUAUUAUGCAGAAAUAAUAGGUACAGAAUCAAAGAUAUUUUUUUCUCUCUUGCAAAAUUAAAGCUAGCCACUAUCCUCUGUGAUGUCUGGCUGAAGAGCUUAGGUAUAGUAGACCUGCAUUUACUUAUACAGCUGUUUUCUAAACACAUGCUAAGUUGUUUUUUUUAAUCAGUAAGGUUGAAUUCUGUUUCUAUGCUCAUCAGUCAAGAGACGAUUCUGAAGAAGCCAAAGAACAAUCAUAGUAAUACAACUAAAUCCUAAGGCUGGCAAAAGCUUUCCCAGUAAUGUACACAAAAAGUGUUUCUAAAUUAUAGUUCAGUUCAUUUUUUUUCUUCAGCAACAACCACCUCUGAGCAUAAUAGCAUUUUGGAUUCUAUUUUUCCUCCAGUUCAAAACUUGCAUCUCCUGCUUGUUAAUAGGAGAAUGCAAAGAGCAAAAGGUGGACCUUUGGCUGCUGAAUAGUUGUUCUCAGCUGGAAGAGUAUCUUUAACUAUAGAUAAAGAAUGGCUAGAUACUUCUCUUCAAAAAGAGAAGUACUUUGCUGAUCUCCCGCUCUUGCAUUUUGACAUGGGGGUUUUCACUGAUGUCUCUGUGCAUUGGCCGUAAUUGAGAACAGACCAUUGCCAUGUGUUGUAGCCACUGGGCAUGGUCUGUAUCCAUAUGGGUUGGCAGAUGCCAGAUUCAGGUGCUGAUUAAAGCUUUAACCCUAUCUUGCAGUAUUACCUCCGGCUGGUUGACUGUCACGCUGCAGAAGGCAGAACUUAUUUCAUGCUGAUUAAAAUAGGCUUUGGGGGUUGUUGUUUUUACUACAACAAAGCUGUUGAUAAAGAGGGUUCCUAAAUAGGAAACAAUAACUUCCAAAAAACCCAACAAUGCUGGACUUAACUAAAUACUACUCAAUGUGAGCAGAUUGCAUGUAUUGUAUUUCAGAUAUGUUCAGAAGACCUAUACAGUGCAAAAGUAAUAAAGUGUUUUGAACAA